AUGGGCGGCCUAACUGGGGCUCUCUUGUACGGAGUGGGUUUGAUGGUGGCUACGGUUGAUAGUGCCAUGGGACUUGCGGGUGGAACCAUAAAGGAGGUCGGCGCACAUUCGUGUACGAAGACCUUGACGUCUUGGGACCCUACGACGGAGGCAAGUACAUCCUUUGGUUUUAACAAGGCUAAUGAUGGAACUCUCUCCAUGCCAGGAAUUGAAGGCCACGUUGAAGUGCAAGAUAUGGAGUGGAGGUUUGGUUUUGCAUAUGGUUUGCGGGGAUGGGACGAAGACAACAUUGACAUGAAAAGAACCUGUCCUGGUAUAUAUGUACGUGAGUUGCAUGGGGAAUUGCUUUUGGACAAUGGAGGUUGCUGGACAAGCCAUUUCCUGCAUGAUGAGAUGGAAUUGGAAGAAAGGGAGCUCGAGUGGUGUGCAAGAAAGAACUUGAUGGUACUCGACGUUUUCAAGGAUAGGAGUAUGGUUCGAGUGCCCAAGCCUAAUUGGAAAUUUCGUAAGCGAGUUUGGCGUCGACAAAGAAAUGCUCUCUUCAUAGUCAUCAACAUGUGGGAGCAAUUUUUUUUCAUUGAUCCGGGUUGA